AUGCAUGACAAAUUAGGAGAAGCUAAAGCUUAUGGCAACAUGGGCAAUGUAAUGAAAAUGAAGGACAAGCGACAACUAUCCAUCGCUGGCGAACUUGAUGACAAGGUUAGUUUGCAAUCUCUGUGGAUGAUUUUGCUGUAUCUCUAUGUAGUCCGACUGGCUCAUACCUCAGAUUACUAG